AUGUACCAGAAUCCCAGGAACCCCAAAGUCUCAGGAGCACCAGGCCCCAGAAUCCAGAGCCCCAGAGCCCUAGGAGCCCCUUGUCCUCAGAGCCCUAGAACAACCCGAACCCGACAGUCCUAUAAGCCCCAGAGCUCCAGCAGCCCCGGAACCCAGGGACCUGGACCCCAGGAGUCCUGGAGUCCCAGGAACCUCAAGUGCACCAGAUCCCCAGAGCCCCAGAGCCCCCGAAGAGGCCCAGAGACUCAGGGGCCCAAGGACCCAGAGACCCGGAGCCCCAAGGAGCCAAAAUGCCCCAGAGACUCGGACCCCCAGGAAACCAGAGCCACAGUUGCCAAGAGGGCCUCAGAGUCCCAGAAUCUCAGAGCCGAGGGAUCUCCAAUACCUCAGAGCCUCGAGAACCAGGAAGCCCAGAGCGAGCCCCAGAGCACCAGGAAAACCAAGAACAAGGAGGCCAGGAGACCUAGAGCCUCAGAAGCCCUAGGGUUAAAAAAAUCCCAGAAGACCCAGUACCUCAGAGACCCAGGGUCCCAGGAGCCACAAAAGCCUCAGAGACCCAAAUCCCCAGAACUCCAGGAUCCCCAAGACCCCAAGAGUCCCAGCGCACUAGUGUCCCAAGAGCCCCAGGAGACCCCAAACCCCAGAGCCCCAGGAGAUUUAGAGUCCCAAGAACGCCAGAAGCCCUUGAGCCACACAAAGUCCCAGAGCCGCGGGAGCUCCAGAGCCUCAGCAGCCCCAGGUCCCCAGUACCCCAGGAAACCCAGAAGUCCUAGAGCCUCAGAGUCCAGAGUUCCAGAGACCCAGGAGCCCAAGAGUUCCAGAAGCCCCACGGCCAAAGAGAGCCUCAAAGCCACAGAGCCCUGGAUUCCGCAAACCUCGGGAGCCGUGGAGUCUCAAGAACCCCAGAAUCUCCAGAACUCCAGAGCUCCAGGAACUCCAGAAGCCCCCGGAGCCCCAGAGCCCUGGAGGUCCAAGGACUCCAAGACAUCCAGAGACUCCAAUCUCCAGGAGACCCAGGGUCCCUGGGAGCCCUGGAGUCCCAAGAACCGCAUAAGCCCACGAGCUCCAGCAGUUCCCGAGCCACAGAAUCUAGAGCUCCAGAGGCCAGAGAGUCCCAUGGUUCCAGAGACCCAGAGUCUCAGCUUCCCCAGAGCCCUAGAGACCCGGGGCCACAAGGCCAAAGAACCCAAGAGUCCCAAGACUCCCAGAGACCGAGGAGAUCCUGCAGCAGCAAAGCCCCAGAUACCCUGCGCCCCAGGAGUGCCAGACCCUCCCAGAGAGAAACCCCAGAGCCGUUGA